CGUCGCUCUUGUUACACCUACAGAAUCUCACCAUCUCAACAUUAUACUCACAAUUACCGCAUAAAAUGUUACAAUAACGUCUCAAAACGUUUAAAAUCAAACAUAAAAUGUAGGCGAUUGAAAAGUUCCAAUAGAACACCGUGUGCGUAUUUCAAAUUUGAAAAUAGAAGUGCUUAUAGAACGUGCCAUAAUGGCGAUUUCAAAAAUUCAAAAUGUAAUGUGAGUGAAAAAAAUCUAGUGUAACGAAGUCUUCCAUUAUUGUUAUUAAAUUAGAUGAUAAAUUAAAUAUAUUUAAAUAAAUCGAUGUCUUCCUGUUACGUCAAUUUUGGAUUAUAUAAUUAUUGAAAAGUUUACAUAACAUAGAUAAUAAAAGAGUAGAAAAACUCCAAUAUGAUGAACGUAGGGCGUUUUAAGUUACCGCCUAUCAAAAAUGUGCUGGAUGUUGCGAUGCAGACAGUGAGGCAGCAGGUACCAGACAAACCUGGGACUUCACCGCGCCCACCACAAAAUGUCCGAUUUGCUAAUGCAGAUAUGGGGGAAAGCUGUGAGCUAUCUACCAUGAAUGAAACAACUUCCCCAUCGUACCAAUCGACGAACCCUACGAACCCAUUCCUCAGUGGUCAACUCCAGGCUGAAGAUUCCUUCACCAGCUACCAGAACACUUAUCCACAGCAAGAUGGGGCUCCAAGAACUCAAAGCAUGCAGAGCGUUGAUUUCUAUGCAUCAUCAGAGGAAGGUGGAUUCGAAGAAGGCGGUGGUAAACCAGGCGCCAAAAUCAAUGAAUUUCAAGCCGCCUGGAACGUAACCAAUGCUAUUCAGGGAAUGUUCGUGGUUUCCUUGCCAUUUGCUGUACUGCAAGGAGGAUAUUGGUCCAUAGCGGCUAUGAUCGGCAUCGCUCACAUCUGCUGUUAUACAGGAAAAAUACUUGUGGAGUGCCUGUAUGAAGACGAUCCCGUGUCAGGACAACGUGUCCGCGUUCGCGAUUCAUACGUCAGUAUCGCGAAGGAGUGCUUUGGUAGAAAAUAUGGUGCCAGAAUAGUCAACAUUGCUCAGAUAAUCGAACUCCUCAUGACAUGUAUUCUGUACGUAGUUGUGUGUGGCGACCUUAUGAUUGGCACUUUCCCUGAUGGCUCCAUCGACACCAGAUCUUGGAUGAUGCUUACUGGCAUAUUUCUUUUGCCGUUGGCAUUUCUGAAAUCUCUAAAAAGUGUAAGCAUGCUGUCAUUCUGGUGCACAAUGAGCCAUUUAAUAAUCAACGCUAUUGUCAUUGGCUACUGCAUUCUUUACAUUGGCGAGUGGGGCUGGUCAAAGGUGAAAUGGAAUCUUGAUUUUGAAAAUUUCCCCAUCAGUUUGGGCGUCAUUGUGUUCUCAUAUACAUCGCAAAUAUUCUUGCCAACACUGGAGGGCAACAUGGAGGACAGAUCUAAAUUCGAAUGGAUGUUGAAUUGGUCCCAUAUCGCAGCAGCUGCAUUCAAAUCAAUAUUUGGAUACAUAUGCUUCUUAACAUUCCAAAACGAUACUCAGCAAGUUAUCACAAACAACCUAAGAUCCGCUGGCUUCAAAGGUCUCGUCAAUUUCUUCCUCGUAAUCAAAGCAGUGCUCAGCUAUCCUCUUCCAUACUAUGCGGCUUGCGAUUUGUUAGAACGCGUUCUCUUUAGAGGAAAACCUAAAACACCAUUUCCACCAAUUUACGCUUUGGAUGGUGAGUUGAAGGUUUGGGGUCUCGCUUGGCGACUCGGAGUGAUAAUGUUUACUAUUUUAAUGGCAGUGUUCAUACCCCAUUUCCUCAUUCUCAUGGGUUUCAUCGGGAGCUUCACUGGAACCAUGCUGAGUUUCAUUUGGCCUGCUUACUUCCAUUUGAAGUUGAAGGCCAAUCAGCUGGACAGUAGCACCGUUGCAUACGAUUAUUUCAUCAUGGGUUUGGGAGUGCUAUUUGGAAUUAUUGGCAUGUACGAUUCUGGUUCGGCUCUAGUCAAAGCUUUUAAAAUAGGGCUGCCGUUUUAAUUUUUCGUAGUGUUUUAGAUCAUUGUUGAACUAUUUUUAGAAUAUUGCAUAUAAUUAAAUGUCUUAUAUUUAUGAUCCUGCAAGUUUUGCGGUAUAUCUAAAAUGUUAUGCCAACAUUAUCUAGUCUGAUGUGAUUUUGUAACUUAGAUCAGGUUAGCUGUUAAGAAUUCCAAAUACUCAUUGUUGCACUUGCAUUGAAGUGAUAUACAUAUAUCCAAAAAGUCUUCCACAAAAUUCUUAGUUGUAAGUAUAUGAUAUUUAUUACAAUUAUAUUAGUAUUGUCUGUAUGUCUACAUAUACAACAUUAUUUUAGAAAUUUAAGCGUAAUCCAUUGUCUUCCAAUAAGAUAUUUGAAUCUCUUCAACAACGAAGUCUUCCAUAAAAGAUAUUAAAAAGCUAAAUAACUAUAUAUUGAGCUUGAACUACUGAUUUAGCUUAAGUGAUGUUAGACAAUAAAUUAACAUACACACUGAAUAUUUACAUAAAAUAAUGGUCUAAGGAAAUUAACAAGAAUAUAUCCCCAAACUGACAAUUAGGGUUAACCGGCAUUUGCCAAUGAUAAUUCCAUAAUAUUUCGUACGUUGUACGAAUGUAUGCUUGUAACUGAGUGACCCGAGUUAGAAUAUAACAGUAAUUCCAGUAGUCACAUGAUGACAUAAGGCUCUAUUGAAAUCGCAAAUGACAGAUUGAAGUAUUUUGCUUUACAUUUUUAAAUUUUAUUAAACAAGAUUUCACAUGUUUAAAUUCAUCUGGUCUUGCAAUAAAUAUAUUAUAUGGAGUCUUAACAAAACGGAAACCUUUGCUUUCCAGUAUUUCAACGGUGGAUAUGUAUUAUGUUUAAUAUCUAAAACCAAAUAUUGAUCCCAAAACUACAUAGAGAAUAGAGGUAGAUAUAUACUUGAAUGUUUUAAAACAAUACGCAAUGUUUUUUUUUAAUUUAAUGGCUUGGUUAGGAGACCUUUAAGCCAAUACAAUUCGCAAUCGAGAAACUACUCAGAUAAUAUAUCAAUAAACAAUAGAACAUAAAAUGUCACUUUUGAUAAGUCAGUGGUAAAUGCUCGAAAUAAUUUUGAAAUAUAUAUAUUUAAAUGAUAUACAUUUUUAAAAUAAUUAUUUAUACAAAGAAAAUGCUUUGUAAUUUAAAAUAUUAAUAAUUAAGCGUCACGGCUACUCGAAGAAGUAUUUUAUUUUUAAAUAUACCAUAUUAUUAGGUUCUGCGUUAUGAAUAUUUAUAAUUUUUGUUGUGUGUCACGACUAUUAAAAGCGAUUAACAAAAUACCUGAACCUGGACAAUAAAUAAGCUAAAAAUAUUUAUUUUAUUGAAACAUUUUAAUAUACUCUAUACCCGUUUAAAUGUUGUGUACUAAUAUCUAAUCCUGGUUAUUUAAAUAAGAUAACCAUAUUAUUUAAAACCUUAACUGUUGUUAUUGAGAAGCAUAAUAGAAUAGACAAUAAUAUAUGCUAUGUAGACUAAUGAGUGUGGUUGUUUGUCAAAUAACUUUUAUUAUUGUAUAAAAACAUUUUGAAUUUUUGAUUUGAUUUAUAGUUAAAUAUUUUGAGAGCACAGUUAUAGCACAAAAUAAUAUAAAUUGCUAAUUGGGUGAUACAUAUAACAUAUUAUACCUACUGUUUAUAAACAAAACAAGGAAUUUUCGCAAAAUAAAAGCGUAAGUAACGAUUGCUAUUUGCUAAUAGUCUGUCAAUGCAAAUUUAGGGCUUCCAUUUUCAAAUUUGACAUUUGUUACUAAGUACAGGCUUAUUGUAAAUUGUAAUUGUUGAGUUUUUGAAAAGUAUCCUAAUACAAUGCAAUAAUGUUUUCAA